AUGUCACAGGUCGAGCAGGAAGCGUCCAAUCAGGGUUCAGCAGGAUCCAGCGACGAAGGUGAUGUCACACCUGUGAUCCUGGACGAGGACAGAGUGAAGGAAUCACCUGGAAACACAGCAGACCAAUCAGUCGACCAAUCAGAUCCGUCGCAGCCCAAAGCCGCCGGUAACGGUCUGUUCAGCAUUUCCCAUAAUUCACUGCGGGUGGCUCACAAGUGUCCUCAGUGUAAAAAGUGUUUCAUCUACCGCUCUCAGGUCAGUACGCUCGCCUCCGUCUGCACAACACUGCAGGAAGUCAGGAGCAGGAGCCCCCGCCCCCCCCAGCCCCGCCCCCCCAGGUCCUACUCCUGCUUCCAGUGUAACGCCGGGUUCAGGACCAAAGCAGAGCUGCUGUCUCACCAGCGCACCCACCGGGCCCGACCCGUCUACCGGUGCACCCAGUGCGACAAGGAGUUCCAGCACCUGUCCAGCCUGACCAAUCACAAGCAGACGCACCUGGACAAGGACGGGUUCACCUGCAGCCGCUGCAACAAGGCGUUUGAUUCGGCCAAAGAGAGAGACGCCCACCGCCUGCAGCACCGGGUGCCGGACCUCACCUGCACAGUGUGUGAGCAGACGUUCAGCUCGCAGACGCAGCUGCUCAGACACCUGCAGACCCACUCGGUGGAGGGAGCAGAACCCGCCUAUAACUGCCGGUUCUGUGACCAAAGCUUCUCAGGAGUGACUCAGCUUCGUAUCCACCAGCGAACUCACACUUUCCGCUCCUACCAGUGUGAUAAGUGCAGUAAGACGUACAGCUCUCUGACCGGGCUGAACGCUCACCGGGCCAGCCACCUGAGCGAGAGCCGCUUCCUGUGUCCUCAGUGCGGCAAACGCUUCAAGACCCGCGACGGUCUGGAGGGUCACCUGAGGAGGCACACGGGGGAGAGACCCUACCGCUGCCCCUACUGCCCCAAAGACUUCACCGCGCUCGCCGGACUCAACGUGCACGUGCGGCGGCACACCGGGGAGCGGCCGUACGUGUGCACGGUGUGCGGGAAGGGUUGGCCGUCCGGAGGAGACCUGCAGAAACACAUGAGGACGCACACAGGAGAACGACCCUACAGCUGUCAGGACUGCGGCAAAGCUUUCUCCAUUUCCUGUCACCUGACCGAACACCGGAGGAUUCACACCGGUGAGAAGCCGUUCUCGUGUCCUGAGUGCGGUAAAUGUUUACGGAGGAAGUUUGAUCUGAAUAAACACAUGUUGUCUCAUAACAACAUCCGUCCCUACGCCUGUGUGUUCUGUCCAAAGAGCUACACCCGAAAAACUCACCUGAACAGACACCUGCUGACCACCGGAGCAGCGGCGCCGACGCCGGGCUGCAGACAGGAAGUGAUGCCUCGUGAACUUCCUGUCUGAGCUUCAUGUCUGUUUAAAAGUAUCAUAAAGAUGUUUUUGUGUUUGGUGAAGUUAAAAUAUGUUGUUCCUGAGAUUGUUUUUGACUUGUUUCAGUUUGAGGAGGAAGUGUUUCUGUAAAUAUCCUCAGAAACGUAUUUGAAUGUGGCGCCGAAACGAUUAACGACACUUCUGAUCAUCGACCUUAUUAUUUAAACUUUAUAAAUUCAUUCCAGAUUCUGCAAUGUGAAACUUUGCUGUUUGAUUUUCAUCAUUUUCACCUUCCUCCCUCACUCCCUUCCUUCCUUCCCUUCCUUCCUCCCUUCCUUUCUCCCUCCCUUCCUUCCUUUCCUCCCUUCCUUCCUCCCUCCCUCCUUUUCUUCUUUCCUUCCUUUCCUUCCUUCCAUCUUUCCUUCCUUCCAUCCUUCCAUCUUUCCUUCCUUCCUUCCUUAUUUCCAUCUUUCCUUAUUUCCAUCUUUCCUUCCUUCUUUCCUUCCUUCCUUCUUUCCUUCCGUCCUUCCAUCAUUCCUACCUUCCUUCCAUCUUUCCUUC